AUGGGUGAAAAAUACUGGGACUGGGUCGAGCGGCCUCUGCCAGGCAAGCCCCGCUUUUUCGAGGGCGAGUUCUACGAGACCUUCUCAAAGACGGCGUGGUGGGUCGUGCCGCUGAUCUGGCUGCCCGUCGCCGCCGCCGCCGCCGCGGUCUCGCUCCGCGAGCUGGCCGACGACGCCGCGUCGGCGGCGCUCUCGGCGGCCGCGCAGCAGGAGCACGACCCGCAGCAGCAGCCGCGCGGCGCCUGGGACGGCCCCGCCGCCGCCGCGGCGCUGCCGCGGCUGGCCGGGCUCGUGUUUGCCGGCGUCGCGCUGUGGCAGCUCCUCGAGUACUCCAUCCACCGCUUCGCCUUCCACGCGCGCGGCGCCGGCUACUGGGCCAUCACAAUCCACUUCCUCUUCCACGGCUGCCACCACAAGUACCCCUCAGACGGCCUGCGCCUCGUCUUCCCGCCCGUCCCCGCGGCCGCCAUCGCGUCCCUCAUCUACUCCGCCGCCCGCCUCGCCCUCGCGCGUGGGCCGGCGCUCGGGCUCAUGGCGGGGGUCGUUCUCGGGUACGUCGCCUAUGACUGCACCCACUACGCGCUGCACCACGGCGGGAAGCUGCCGCUCGGCUUCCUGCGGCGCCUGCGGGCGCGGCACGAGCACCAUCACUACCAGGACGGCACCCGAGGGUUCCAGAUCAGCUCUGUGCUUUUUGAUGUCGUCUUUGGUACCAGCAUGCGCCCCGACGCCGGCCGGCGUGCGCGGGCCGCCAAGUAG